UCAACUUUCAACGCUUUGCUCUUUUCUUACUCUCUGGGUUUUUGGAAGGAAGGAAAAACUCUGUUUCUCUCUCGAUCUAGGGUUUUUCAAAAUGUCCCCAAAUCUCUAAAAGUUUUGAUCUUUGAUCACUCACUGAUGAAGCGACCUCUUCAAGGACGUGAUUCCAGCGACGACGACAUCUCCGGUACGGAAGCGAUGCUCAGAACGAGGGAGCAACGGAAGAAGACAUGGUUGGUAUCUUCUUCUCCUUCUGCUGCGUCGAAGAUAAACUGGACUAAAACCCAAGAGCUCCUCAUUCUCCAGGGUAUUGUGAACUUUCAAAAAGAAACGAAGUUGAGCUACACAUCUCAUUGGGAUGCCGUUUACGAUCGUAUCAGAGAUUCCAUGGAAUUUGAUUUCUCUAAGACAUAGCUGAUGAGUAAGGUUGACAGGUUGAAGAAUAGAAGAUUUAGAGCUAAUCAGGCGAGAGCUACCGAUGGAAAUAUACCUUAUUUUACUAAUACUCAUGAUGAACAAGUGUUCAAAUUGUCAAAGAUCUUAUGGGGUACUGAAAAAGAAACAAAUUUUGCUUAUGAGGAGGAUCAAAUAAAGGAGGAUGUGUCUUGUGCGGUGCAGGAGGAAAGUUUGAAGAUUGAUGAUGGUGAGAAAGACAAGUGUGAGGAAGAUGGUAUGGAUGAUUUGCGUCUUCUGCAGGAGGCACUUGUGUUGGCUGCAUCAUUUCAGAGUUUAGGUAACAAUCAACGCAAGUCGCUGCUUCAAAAUUUGAGAAACGUUGGAGCUACACAAAGGAAAGAGCUUAAGGACGAUUGGAAGGCAUUGCUUGCUGAGGAGAUGCAAUUGGAUAUCAAGAAACAAAGUUUCUAUGCAAAGCUUGUAAAUGCCGGAUUUUCUGCCUAGUUCAACAAGUUCUGCUUUUGGAAUGUUUUAGGCUAUUUCCUAUUAAUGUUUUUCUUGUGUUUAAGCCGUCUUAUUGAACAGUUGAUUAGAAGGGCUUAUGGCUUCUUUUUGUUAAGUGUAAUGGUGUGAGUAAGUCUCAUGGAAAAUAUGCAUCUUUGUCUUGUGUUCAUAAUAUACUCUGUUUGAUGCAGUCUCACAUUUCAACAUGUUCCAUUCUUUA